AUUUUCAAAAGAAUGAUGGUCAAACAAAGUGAAUGGUUGGGUGUCAAACAAAAUGAAACGUUGACAAACUCUUCACAUUCAGCUCCAAAGAAUACAAAAGAAAAGAAGAAGCAAAAGCAAGUUGAAUUUGAGAAAGAUUCAAAAGAUUCUAARACAAAUGACUGGGUCAUAGAUACAGAAUUCGGUCCAGUUUUCAUUCCACAAGAGAAGAUGAGUAUCAGCAUGGAAGGGACAGUUUCACCAAUCAUGUCGGCAAACAUCCUAAAUGAAUCCAUCCCCAAAGAUGAAGCUGAACAAAUCCUGCAGGAACUAAUCACUGAAAUGAAUGAUCAGAGUUUUGACAAUAUACAGUUUGCGGCAUACAGAACAGCAGCUAAAUUACAUUUUAUCCAAAGGAAGACCAACYUACACCUAGUUGAUGUGUACAAUAUGAUAGAAGCAUUCCGUGAGAAUGGUCUUAAUACUUUAGACCACAACACAGAACUCCAUGAACUAAGACUUGAGGCGGUAGUUUCUAGCAUCUUCUAUGCAUUGAAUAAAAGACUGCCCACUUCACAUAAUGUUGAUGUUGAGAAAUCUAUCAGUUUGGUGACGAACUGGCUGCUAUAUGCAUUUGACAGCGAUGGUAUUGGUAGGAUAAGAGUACUGUCUGUCAAAACUGCUUUGUCUACGUUAUGCUAUGGACGAUUGGUAGACAAGCUGAGAUAUCACUUUUCUCAGAUUGAGGAUGACAGYGGCAUUCUAAAUUUUCCCAAAUUUGAGGCUUAUCUUCGCGAACUUUUACAGUUGCCAGCUGCUGUUGGAGAAGCACCAACGUUUGGGUUCACAGAAGAUGUUGCAAGUUACUUAUUCAAACCACAAGGGACUCCUCCACCAUAUGCUUGGCUCACUACACUGCAAAAACUGAAUAAUUCCGCUACAGUUGAGCAUCAAGUUCCAUGUCAGAUCUGUAAACGAAAGCCUUUGGUUGGCCUCAGGUACAAGUGCCUUCACUGUCAUAACUACAUCCUCUGUCAGGAUUGUUUCUGGAGAGGUAAAGUUUCUCAAGCGCAUAAAUCUGACCAUGAUGUUCGUGAAUAUACAACAUGGAAAACUGGAGAGCGUGGAAACUCAGUGAGAAGCAAAUUUAUGUGUAGUUCAGGGAAGAAGAAGAGGCCCUCGUUGCCAGACUAUCCCCGCGAACCAGAACCUAGCAAAACACUGGAUAUGUCAAAUGUGGUUCCUCCAUUACCAUCGGAUUUGUCAGGACCAGCCCAUGCCACCUCGGACUAUGCAACGUCACCGUCGCCAGAGUCAGGCGCGUCAUCCGUGUCGUCAAACCCGCGAAAAUUUUCCGACUCCGACUUCGACGCCAGGAUGGACGACGAGCAUAAGUUGAUUUCCCGCUAUGCCGCAAGGCUUGCUGCUAACUCGCGCGGACAAAAACCGCCGUCGAAAUCAUCGAGUGAGCUGAGUAUAGACUCCAACAAAGARCAACGAGAACUUAUUCAAACCUUAGAAAAUAAAAACAGGCUUCUUCUAAAAGAAAUCAGAAGGCUUCGAGACGAACACGAUGAAGCGUCCAAAUCCGCCGCCCAAAUUGCACAAAACCCCGAACUUCUCGCCGAACUAAAGCUUCUUCGACAACGAAAAGACGAGCUCGAGAUGCGCAUGAGUGCGUUGCAAGAAAGUCGUCGAGAACUUAUGGUCCAACUCGAGGGGCUUAUGAACCUACUUAAAACUGGCUCGCCUCGUAACUCGCGUUCAUCCAAAGGAUUUCAAAGUAAUUCCCCACCAGACCUCUUCGGCAAACCAUCAGGCGACUCGCCUUUGUCACCAGACUCCAAGCAACUCAGCGGCGUCGACGGCGAUAUUAAAGAAGCUUUUGGCGACCGAAAGGAAGAGCCUGGUGCGAGGCGAAAUUUACGUAAUGAUUUGCUCUUGGCAGCUGACUCUGUGACGAAUGCAAUGUCGUCACUCGUACGCGAAUUAAAUUCAGAAGACGAAGACGAUGCCACUCAAAACACCCACAAGAACGAUACAGGCGAAGUAGACCUCGAAGCCUUAGAGUUCCAAGUCAACCAAAUGCGUGAAUCCCUGCGCUCCAGCGAGUCCCAGGCUCCUACCAAGCUUGCUAACGGGCACGGUGAAGUUAAGCAAGGAUUCAAAAGACCGUUACGUAGAGGAGACAGCGACAGRACGGAUACCGAUACGGAUGAUGAUGAGCUCCACUUACGUGUUGGAAACUACUCGUCCAGAAACCAGAUGACGGACGAUGAAAGCUACAUCCAAACCGACGACGACGAAGGYAACUUACGAACAGACGACGAAGACAUGGAAUGGCGCGAAACAAUGCAAMGAUGGGCUAAUCGAUAAACCCUCGGAAAUCUGAAUAGAAUAAAUUUAAGACAUUUUGUAGUUUAAGUUUACAUUCAGAAAAUAGAUAUAUUUGUUUACUAAAUAAUUAUAAACGCUAAUCUAUAUUUUCUAUAUUUUUGAUAUCUCGUUUAUAUUGCCAGAGUACUGGGGACUAGCUUCCAGUCCUACGAGUGUUUUUAAGCCGACUUUGGUCGGCGUUUUUUGAGCGAAUUUCUUUCUGUAAAAAGAGAUCAAGCAGGCUAUGGAUUUUUCUAAACAUUUCAGCAAAGUAGAAUAAAAACCCUCGAGGUGAAUAUUAAUUUAGGUGUUAUAUCAAUUAUCUAUUUUCCUGCUAUUAUUAGAAAUGAAAGAAAAAUAUUCAGACGAAAA